UCGAGCUGCGGUCAGCUGCUUUGGUUACGCAAGGUGAUCAACAGGUUUUGUGAUUGUAAAUUAGAUUCAGUUAACUUUUGAUCUUAACACGUUGAGUGAUCGUGCACCUCUAACUAAUCCUGCAACAUGUCCGCCAACCUGCUGAAAGCCACUACGCGCCAACUCUGCGCCCAGGCCCGUCGCUACAGCUCCAAGAUCAACGAUGUCGUUGUCGUCUCGGCUGCCCGGACACCGAUCGGCAGUUUCCAGAGCCAAUUGGCUCCACUGUCGGCCACCCAGCUAGGAGCAACGGCCAUCGAGGCGGCCAUUGAGCGUGCCGGCAUUGCCAAGUCCGACGUCAACGAGGUGAUCAUGGGCAACGUGGUCUCUGCUGGCCUGGGACAAGCCCCCGCUCGUCAGGCGGCUAUCUUUGCCGGCCUGCCCACUAACGUGUGCUGCACCACAGUGAACAAAGUGUGCUCGUCCGGAAUGAAGGCGGUCAUGCUGGGAGCCCAAUCGCUGAUGCUGGGUCAGGCUGAUGUUGUUGUAGCCGGCGGCAUGGAAUCCAUGUCCAAUGUGCCCUACUAUCUGAAGCGCGGGGCAACGCCCUAUGGCGGCGUCAAUCUCACCGAUGGCAUUGUCUGGGACGGUCUCUGGGAUGUGUACAACAAGUUCCACAUGGGCAAUUGUGCCGAGAACACAGCCAAGAAGAUGCAGAUCAGUCGCAAGGAUCAGGACGAUUUUGCCAUCGAAUCAUACAAGCGUUCGGCCAAGGCUUGGAGUGAAAAUGUCUUUGGCGACGAAAUUGCCCCCGUCAAGAUUCAGCUGAAGCGCAAGCCCGAACAGAUCAUUGCCAAGGAUGAGGAAUUCACACGCGUCAACUUUGAUAAGUUUGGACAACUGGCGACAGUUUUCCAGCGUGAAAAUGGCACAGUGACCGCUGGCAAUGCGUCCACAUUGAACGAUGGCGGCGCUGCCGUUGUACUGAUGAGCGCCGAGGCUGCACAACGUGCUGGCCUUAAACCUCUGGCUCGCAUCGUUUCGUUCCAAGAUGCUGAAACGGAUCCCAUUGAUUUCCCCAUUGCUCCCGCCUUAGCGGUGCCCAAGCUGUUGGAGCGCGCCGGUGUGCGCAAGGAGGACGUCGCCAUGUGGGAGAUCAACGAGGCCUUCUCUCUGGUCGUGCUCGCGAACAUCCGCAAGAUGGAUGUGGAUCCCGCCAAGGUCAAUGUACAUGGUGGCGCUGUUUCCUUGGGCCAUCCCAUUGGCAUGUCCGGUGCUCGCCUGAUUACACAUCUGACGCAUGCUUUGAAGGCUGGUGAGAUCGGCUGUGCCUCCAUUUGCAAUGGCGGCGGCGGAGCUUCCUCCAUUUUGCUGCAGAAGCUGUAGAGAUGUUGAGUUUGAACUUUGAACCAGAAUUGCAUUUAAUGGUUAACGAUUAUCGGUUAUUGGUUAUCGAUGUUGAUCACAAUUGAAACCCCUAUUCGCCAUCUCCUUCGCACUCUCGUGGAUGUGUUUUUAUUUUUGUAUAGCAUUUAAUUCAAUUUCUUGUGAUUUGCAUAAUAAAAUUAUGAAGCAUUCGAAAAAUACAA